UCCGCGGAGUCGCUCGGAGCGAAGGAUUCACCCGUGGCGAACAUCGCUUUAAAAGGCAGCGGAGGCGCGGGGUGUGCUGGGAUGGUGGAGGACUGUGAGGAGGCUCGAAGCUGCCGAGAAGAUGGCCGCGGUUUGCGGGAUUUACGGGGCAGCUGUGUUGAUGAAAUGACGGGAGGCUGCUAGGCGGCGGUGUGCCGGUGUGGGGUAGAGAUUCCGCGGGUAAACAUGGGCUCGCAGACCCUGCAGAUCCUCAGACAGGGCGUCUGGGCUUCCAUCACGGGAGGAUGGUACUACGACCCCCAUCAAAACACGUUCGUGAACGCGCUGCACCUCUACAUCUGGCUCUUUCUGCUCUGCUUCCCCUUCACCCUCUACAUGGCACUGCCUCCCACUAUGGUGAUUGUGGGCAUUUACUGUGGUGUGAUUGCUGCCAUGUUCGUGCUGCUGAAGGCGGUAAACCACCGGCUGCACACGGCGCUGGACGAGGGUGAGGUCAUCGAGCUUCGGGCCAAAGGUGGGCAGGGCCGAGGGGCAGCAGGGGAACGACAGAGGGACACACACCCCCAGCAGGAGGACUCGAAUGGACCUGGGGAUCCCGGAGGGGGAAUUGAGAUGGCUGAUUUUGUUCGAGAGGAAACUCCGCCUGUUGACUGCAGCUCACGCAACUCCUACACAGGGAUGGACUCCAGCCACCAGAUUGCAUCCACUCGUGGAGGUCCAGCUGCAGCCAAAGGUGAUGUUGGGAAGACCUCAGAUGACCUCAGUUUGAGUCUGGCUCAGAGCUGUAGUCAGGACCAGGAUUUGAUGUCGGACCCAAAGAUGUACUGUCUCAUCUCCAACGGCUCCUUCGCUUCCAUGCAGCCCUCCACCUCGUUGGCUCAAGACCUUUACAGCUCCACCCCCCACCCUUUCAGCCAAUCAUUGUCCUCCUGCGACACAGAAAUCACAACCCACGUUCCCGUCCACUCACAGUCUUUCCGUAAGGAUCCGUCUCGUCCGCGUGGGCUCCCACGGACUUCCAGCUCAGCAGGCUCCGCGUUCCCGGACCCCUCCGUUCCAGAAUUCAGCCUCUACCCUCCUCCGCGGAGGGGAGGGCUGGACCCUGUGUGCGAGCUGGACACCUCCAGGCCACAGAGGGUGCCAGAGGGCAGGGAGCAGCUGCAGGACUUGGCCGUGCCGUCUACAUCGGGGACAGAGUGCUACAGGCACCAUAAAAGAGACCGACGGAGAUUGGCCCGGUCCGUUUCCAGGGAAACUGGGGAAGGGGAAUACGAGUGUGAAGGCAGGACUGGGCUGUACCAGGUGGAGGGGGUCAGAGGGGGGAGUUCGGGGGGCAGUGUUGUAAGGGAGAAAGGCGGAGAGCCCAGUAUGGACAGCCUGAGGAGUCUGAGCACACGGAGCAGCGGCUCCACAGAGAGCUACUGCAGCGGCACGGAUCGGGACACCAACAGCACGUUGAGCAGCCUGCACAGUGAGCAGACCAGCUCCACCCACGUGGAAAGUCUUCUCUCGCUGUCCGGCGACGAACGAGGGGCAGCCGGACCCACCGACUCGCUCAGUGCCAGCCUGGCCUCGGGGGAGGCCAACAAAAACCCCCAUGCCAACGAACUCAUCACCAAACCAGCCACCGAUGACCCCUCCACCCCUGCGAACACAUCGCAGACCACCAGCCAGGAGGGGGCGGAGCCUCGGCAGGAAGAGGGAGGCUUCAGGACUGCUGACCCCUCCCAGCCUGAGCAGACGGCGGAGACAGACGACGUAAAGCCCAAAUCGGGAGAUACUGUGCAGCGGGCAACUUCGUCCGCAGGCGCAGGCCGGAGUGGGCGACGUCGGAACGGUCUUGGUAAGAAGCGGGCAAACAGCUUCGACGCCAGCCGUCACCGGGACUACAUGAGCCUGCGGGGGAUAGCCAAGCCUCGCUCUGCCGUUUUCGCUAAAGGAGAGGAGGACUCUAGUGAUCAGAGCGAACUCAGCCACGCCUCCAGCCUCCACUCAGCCCACCAGCUCAGCACGGACUCCUCCUCUAGCACCUCCCACUCGUGCCCCUCACCUUCCGACGCCCGCUACGGCACCAUUGCGGCCAAAGUGCACGGGCACGCCCGGACACAUGCCAGCGAGCGAGCGAAGGAGAGGGACAGGGAGCGGGGGAAGAGGCGGUCAUCUCGGCGGGCAGCCAGUGCGGGCAGCGCCAAGACGCACGCCCGCGUUCUCAGCCUAGAUAGCGGCUCCGUGGCCACCACCUCCUCCUGCCUUACCGACCCCCACCACCUGGGGGCGCCUGCCGGUCCUCGGCCACUCACCACCUCCAAAUCAGACCUGGAGGCGAAGGAAGGCGAGGUGCUGGAUGCGGCAUCGCUGCUGGGCCGAGCGUGCCAGCUGGAGUCCGUCACUCGCUCCCGAAACAGCCUACCCUGCCCCAUCACACUCGCUGACACACACGAUAACAGUGCUGCUGCCAGAGCCCCGGGCAGCGAGGACGCUGUAACGUUUCGGCGGGAGCGUAGCACGUUCCGUCGGCAGGCCGUCCGGAGGCGGCACAACGCCGGGAGUAACCCCACCCCCCCCACCUCACUCAUCGGAUCCCCUCUCAGUCUGCAGGAGGCUCUGAGCCAGGCGUCUCAGGCGUCUGUGUCGGGGGUCAGAGGUCAUCCGUCCCGCACGCCGUCCCAGGUGACGGUUCUGAGCGCUAGCGCCUCCCUGCUGGUCAGGAACGGAAGUGUGCAGCUCGAGGGCUCUCAGGAUAAAGCCUCCACAGUGGGCGUGGCCAGCCUGCAAGAAGACUUCGGAAAGCUUACCCCUCCUCUGUACGAGGUUGGAGGAUGCGAUAUGUCUCUCGUCAACUUUGAGCCAGCAACGAGACGAGCCUCCAACAAUAUCUGGGACACAGAUUCUCACCUCUCUAGUUCUACCUCAGUUCGCUUCUACCCUCAUGACUUGUUUUCUUUUCCUCAGAUCCGGUUGAAUCGUUUGUUGUCGAUGGACCCGGAGCUGCUGGAGCAGCAGGACGGCGAUGUCAGUCCUGACCUGCAGGAGGCGCCGCACGGCCCACAGGACGGAGUGCACCCACACACCCACCCCAACGCACACAAAGCCAAGCAGUACUACCGCCUGUGGCUGCUGCCCUACCUGUGGGUCGGCCUUCACUUCGACCGGCUCACUCUGCUCGCUCUGUUUGACAGGAACCGUGAGGUUUUAGAGAAUGUUCUGGCUGUGGUGUUAGCCGUGCUGGUGGCCUUCCUGGGAUCUGUGCUGCUGGUCCAGGGCUUCUUCACUGAUAUCUGGGUCUUUCAGUUCUGCCUCGUCAUUGCCAGCUGUCAGUACUCACUACUGAAGAGUGUUCAACCAGACUCCUCUUCACCUCGACAUGGUCAUAAUCGGAUCAUAGCGUACAGCAGGCCGGUGUAUUUCUGUCUGUGCUGUGCGCUCAUCUGGCUGCUCCAUUAUGGCAGUGUGAGAUCCAGCAACUCCAGCAGGGUCAGCCUGUACGGACUUAAACUGACCGCCUCCAUACUGCUCACUUCAGCACGAGACCUCAUUAUCGUCUUCACUCUGUGUUUUCCUGUGAUUUUCUUCGUUGGGCUGCUUCCUCAGGUCAACACUUUCCUCAUGUACCUGUUUGAGCAGCUUGAUAUCCACGUCUUCGGAGGCAAUGCCUGUACCAGUCUCCCCUCUGCACUCUACAGUGUUGUGCGCAGCGUCAUCACCGUGGCGAUGCUGUACGGACUCUGCUACGGCGCGCUGGAGGAGUCCUGGGAUCCGCAACACAUCCCCGUUCUGUUCUCUGUGUUCUGUGGGCUGCUGGUGGCCGUUUCGUAUCACCUGAGUCGUCAGAGCAGUGACCCCUCUGUACUCGUAUCUCUGGUGCAGUCUAAAGUGUUCCCCAACGUGAAGGAGCAAAACCCUGAGGACCCUCUGGCUGAGGUGCAGGACCCUCUACCAGACAAACUCAAGAGCUCUGUGAACGAGAGGCUGCAGUCUGAUCUGAUUGUGUGUGUGCUGAUCGCUGUGCUCUACUUCGCUAUUCACGUCAGCACUGUCUUCCUUGCUCUGCAGCCGUUCCUGAGUUAUGUCCUGUAUGGGCUGGUGGGGGCAGUGGGGUUGUUUACCCACUAUCUUCUGCCCCAGAUGAGGAAACAGCUGCCCUGGUACUGUUUCUCUCACCCGCUGCUGAAAACCAAAGAGUAUUACCAGUUCGAGGUCCGCGGUGCAGCUCAUGUGAUGUGGUUCGAGCGGCUGCACGUGUGGCUGCUGUUUGUGGAGAAGAACGUUCUGUAUCCUCUGGUCGUGCUGAAUGAACUCAGCGGCAGUGCCCAGGAACUCGCCAGCCCAAAGAAGCUCAACACAGAGGUGGGGGCGUUAGUAAUAACUGUAGCUGGGCUGAAGUUGCUGCGCUCGUCCUUCAGCAGUCCCACCUAUCAGUACGUCACUGUUCUCUUCACCAUCCUCUUCUUCACCUUUGACUGCCGCCAGCUGUCUGAGACGCUGCUGCUCGACCUCUUCGUCAUGUCCAUCGUCUUCAGCAAGUUGUGGGAGCUGCUGUAUAAGCUGCGUUUCGUCUACACCUACAUCGCCCCAUGGCAGAUCACCUGGGGCUCUGCCUUCCAUGCCUUCGCCCAGCCGUUUGCUGUGCCUCACUCUGCCAUGCUGUUUGUGCAGGCCAUUGUUUCAGCUAUUUUCUCCACCCCCCUGAACCCCUUUCUCGGCAGUGCCAUUUUCAUUACCUCCUACGUCCGACCCGUCAAAUUCUGGGAGAGAGACUACAACACAAAGCGAGUGGAUCACUCCAACACCAGACUGGCCUCUCAGCUGGACAGAAACCCAGGUUCAGAUGAUAAUAAUCUGAACUCUAUCUUCUAUGAGCACCUGACGCGUUCUCUGCAGACGUCUCUGUGUGGGGAUCUGCUGUUGGGGCGCUGGGGGAACUACAGCACUGGAGACUGCUUUAUUCUCGCAUCCGACUACCUGAAUGCCCUCGUCCACCUGGUGGAGAUUGGGAAUGGACUCAUCACCUUCCAGCUCCGCGGCCUGGAGUUCAGAGGGACUUACUGCCAGCAGAGGGAGGUGGAGGCAAUAACCGAGGGGGUGGAGGAGGAUGAGGGCUGCUGCUGCUGUGAGCCGGGACACCUGCCCCAUCUGUUGUCCUUUAAUGCAGCAUUCGGACAGCGCUGGCUGGCCUGGGAGGUCCUGGUUACUAAAUACGUCCUGGAGGGCUACAGCAUCACAGACAACAGCGCAGCCUCCAUGCUGCAGGUGUUCGACCUCCGGCGCAUUCUUACUACUUACUACGUCAAGGGAAUAAUCUACUAUGUUGUAGCUUCCCCGAAGCUGGAAGAAUGGCUGGGUAACGAGGUGAUGCUGGACGGACUGAGGAGUUGCAGAGAGCGCAACUAUGUUGACCUCGACCCGACCUUUAACCCCAAUAUUGAUGAGGAUUAUGACCACAGACUGGCCGGCAUCUCCAGGGACAGCUUCUGCUCAGUCUACCUCAGCUGGAUACAGUACUGCAGCAACAGACGACAGAAGCCGUUGAACAGUGAGAAGGACUCUGCGUUGGUGCUGCUGUGUUAUGGUCUGUGUGUGCUGGGCAGGAGAGCACUGGGCACUGCAGCACACCACAUGUCCAGUAACCUGGAGUCGUUCCUGUACGGGCUGCACGCUCUGUUUAAGGGAGAUUUCCGGAUCUCCUCAGUGAGGGAUGAGUGGAUAUUUGCUGAUAUGGAGCUUCUUAGGAAGGUGGUGGUUCCUGGAAUCCGCAUGUCUCUGAAACUGCACCAGGAUCACUUCACCUCUCCUGAUGAGUAUGAUGAUCCAGCCGUGUUGUUUGAGGCCAUUUCUUCUCACGAACGGACGCUGGUGAUCGCUCACGAGGGCGACCCGGCCUGGCGCAGCGCCGUCCUCUCUAACUCGCCCUCACUGCUCGCCCUGCGCCACGUUCUGGACGAGGGCACCAAUGAGUACAAAAUCAUCAUGCUCAACCGCAGAUACCUCAGCUUCAGAGUCAUCAAGGUGAAUAAGGAGUGUGUGCGUGGCCUGUGGGCGGGGCAGCAGCAGGAGCUGGUGUUUUUGCGGAACAGAAAUCCGGAGCGCGGGAGCAUCCAGAACGCUAAGCAGGCUCUCCGCAACAUGAUCAACUCUUCCUGCGAUCAGCCCAUCGGAUACCCCAUCUACGUCUCCCCGCUGACCACGUCCUACUGCAACACACACACACAGCUCGGACACAUACUAGGAGGACCAAUCAGCAUCGCCAACAUCCGCAACUUUAUCGUCAACACCUGGCACAGACUACGCAAGGGUUGUGGUGCAGGUUGUAACAGUGGAGGGAAUAUGGAGGAGUGUGAUGGCGGCGCGUUGUCGUGCGGGAGUGGAAACAGCGGGAAUUCUGGGAAUACCGGCACUGGAGUCAGCGAAUCACAGCACAGCUCCAUCUCACACGGCAGAGUGACUGCACCCAACGGCCAGCACACACACACCCCUCACUCACUGGGUACGAGUCACAGCUCUCAGUCGGUUCAGUCCGCUCUGGUGCGUCACUCUCCUGCCCGCGGCUCUGUGGUCAGUCAGUCCUCGUCGUUUCGGUUCAGUAGUCGUCACUCGUCUCUGCGGACGUCAGCGACGGGUUUGGAGCCGUGUCGCUCGUCCAGCAGCCAGCUAUCCCUCCGCACACUGCAGCUACGCCUUGGCUCCGGCCCCGCCCCCGACACACCCCAGCCCUCCAGCUCAAUGUCAACACACUCUAUCCCACCCUGCAAACGGCACGCACACACACUCGCAGGUCUGCUAAGCAGUGAGGGAGGAGGCAUGGAGCUUCAUCAUCUGCACCAUCAUCAUCACCAUCAUCACCACCACAACCCAUCACUGUCCUGCAUGAGGAGAGACGACAUUUCUUACAGAGUGCAGAUAGUGGAUGUAAGUCAGGUGCUGGACAUGAUUAACUUGUCUAAGAGGAAGGAGCUGGUGUGGCCGGAUGAGUCUAUGCGUCUGCGGGCGGGCCGGAGCUGUUGGAGGGAGUGGAGCCCCUUAGAGGGCAUGGAAGGACAUGUGAUUCACCGGUGGGUGCCUUGCGGUCGUGAGCCGGUCAGUCGCUCUCACAUGGAUAAGGCCAUCCUGCUGGUUCAGGUGGACGACAAACUGGUGCCAAUCAUAGAGACAGGCGUGAUAGAGCUGGGGGCAGAGGUGUGAGAGAGAAACACACACACACACACAUAUUUAUACAUAUAUACAUAACCAGGAAGUAAUGCUCCCCAGCCUGCUAAUAGAAGGUAUAGAAUGCCAAGUAAACGGACAGAAACACACACCCACACACACACAAUAUACAUAUACACACACAUAUGCAUUCAUUUGUGUGGAUGUGUAUAUACACACACACAAGUUUGUGGACACCUAUUUUAAUAUAUGCAUUCAGUUACUUUAAGUUGCACCCAUUGCUGUCAGAUAUGUGCAGAGAUGUACUGCCAAUAGAAUAGAACCUGCUGGAGAAGGUAAAAGUAAACCUAUCGGCCCCAAACCUAAUACCAGGCGUGGGCUAGCUAGAGGAGUAUUAAGUGAAUUUGGGGAGUUUGGGACAAGGUGGGUGGUGAUCAUCCAACAUCUUGUCCUUACUAAUACUCUUCAUCACUGCAUACAAACAAAUCCUCCUAGCAAUGCUCCACUGUCUAGUAGAAAGUCUUCCCUGGAUAGUAAAGAUAGAUACUCCAACAAAAGCAGGAUAACGUAUUUUAUAGUACUCUUAUUUUCUGAAGAACGGUGUCCCAACACUUUUGGCCAUAUAGUGUGUUUGUGUGUGUGUGUGUAUAUAUACAAACAUUGUCAGGAUGCUGCUCUGAAACAAGUGUUGGACUGAACUGACUUAAUGCAAACAGGUUCAUUUUUUCAACAGAUUCAAACAGAUUCCUGUGUUUCAGUUUCAGAACUGUGUUAAAGUUGUUUUUUUAAUGUGGAAAACAUGAUUAACAUGUGGAAUGGAAGAGACUUUAGUUUACUACUCUCUUUAGAUGACUGUGAUAGACGGUACAGAAACCCACAGAAUCUUUACACUACAGACAGAAACACACACACACACACACAUGCACAGAACGCUCAAGCACACACAUGCUGAAACUCAGGCAGAGUCCUGCCUUGGCCUGCAUUGCUCAGAUAUGCUGCAUGACGGACGAACCCCCGUUACACACUUCCUUUCUCCUCAGUUAUUCAUUUUUUGAGCAGUGCCGAAGCUUUUCUGGGUCUUUUCUUUUCGUUUCUAUGCAUCUCUUCAGGACUCACCAGACACACAGACAGAGGCACACAGUGGGGAACGCUCCUGUGAGCUUCAGAUAUCAGCAGAAAACGACAGAAUUGUAUCUCUUAAUGCUUUAGUUUAUUUUAUUUUGCCAAAUAUGGCCUGGAGCACGGGAAUGCACACAGCUGUCUCGCGCUGAACUGAGGGAUUUUCUGAGUAGUUUAACUGACCAUCUUCAGGCUCCGCCCAUAGAUUGUUCUUCUUUAGUUACUGUUGCUAGGUUAGAAAAGCUUUACAGAACACUGGUAAUGAUCACACUUAACAUUAUAGUAUGAUAGUGAAUGUAUUGUGGUGAUCUACACAGAGAUGGAGCUACAAUCUCUCAUUAGGGUGAAAUAUAUAUUAUUAACACUCUAAAUGUUGGUAUUGUGAUUAUAUAUACUGAAGAAUACAUACAGUCUCUCAUUAGGGUGAAUAUACAACUUUGAAAACAAAUAAGAGACCACUUUAGUUUCUGAAUCAGUUUCUCUGAUUUUGCUAUUUAUAAUUUAUAGGUGUAUAAUUGAGUACAGACAACAUUUCUCCCAAAUUCCAAAUAAAAAUAUUGUCAUUUAGAGCAUUUAUUUGCAGAAAAUGAGAAAUGGCUGAAAUAUUUGUCAUUAAAUAAAGAUGCAGAGCUUUCAGACCCCAAAUAAUUAAAAGAAAACAAGUUCUUAUUCAUAAAGUUUUAAGAGUUCAGAAAUAAAUAUUUGGUGGAAUAACCCUGGUUUUUAAUCACAGUUUUCAUGCAUCUUGGCAUGUUCUCCUCCACCAGUCUUACACACUGCUUUUGGAUAUUUUUAUGCCACUUCUGGAGCAAAAAUUCAAGCAGUUCAGCUUGGUUUGAUGGCUUGUGAUCAUCCAUCAUGCUUCUGAGGUUUUAAAUUUGGUAAAAACAAAAACAAACUUAUCAUUUUUAAGUGGUCUCUUAUUUUUUUUUUUUCCAGAGCUGUAUAUUAAUAACACUCUAAAUGUAGGUAUUGUUAUAUAAACUGAGGAGGAGCUACAGUCUCUAAUGAGAGUGAAUAUAUAUAAUAUAUAUAAUGGCCUUCUAAAUGUAUGAAUAGUGUGUAGGGUUUUUACCAGUGUUCUGUCCAGCUUGUCCAGCCUAGCAUUAGUAGUAGCUACUUAAAAAACACAUCAGUGGGCGGAACCUGGAGAGGGUGAGUUAGUAGUAUGGAUAAUAAUGAUGAUGGUGAUGGUAAAUAUUUCAGGUUUGCAGUGAAGCAGGUGCUUCUCUACACUCUUUAGUGGUUUGAAUUUGUUUAUAUUUAGAUAUAAAUAACAUCAGAGGGAUUAAGAGAAACACUAUUGCGAGGCGUGUAGACUUGCACUACAAACUGUUUUUUUUGUACUGUUUUAAUUUUGAUUUACAGCGAUGCGCUACAAUCUGUAGGUUAUUAUUAUUUUUUUAUUUAUUAAGCCGAGUUUGAAUCGCCAUGCCUUGGGAAUGAAAAAUGCAAUCGUUCUGUCUUUUGUUUUUUCCUUCUGGCUUUUCUCUUAAACUUGAAGGCAGAAAUGGUUUGUACCGAAUAUAGUUCUAUAUGAAAAUAUAUAAUAUGUCACUGUAAAAAAAAGGUUUUGCUUUGAAUAUUUAUUACUGUGGUUAUUUACAUUUUGUUACAUCUUUUUUCAUUUAUGGGACAAAAAAAAGCUUAUAUAAAUAAAUGUAUCAAGGACCAUCGGUUACAAUGGAGCCGCGCUUCUGAUGGACUGUUUUUCCCUGUUUAACUUAAAUUCUUUUAUAAGACUGAAAAAAUAAACGCAUUUGAUUUACCA